CAACUUUGUCCUUCCAACAUCUUCGACUCUGUUCUUCAUUUAACUCUUUGCUCAUCAUCUUGGACUCUGGUCCACCACCACCCUCUCACCAUGCGGCUCCCUCGAAAUCUCUUCCUCCUCAUCGCCUGGAUCCUCCCGGCCGUUAGCGCGGCAAUCCUCGCGAUCGACUACGGAGCAGACUUCACCAAGCUGUCCCUCGUUAAACCCGGUGUUCCCUUUGAUGUCCUGCUCGACCGCGACAGCAAGCGCAAGAUUCCUAGCGUCGUGAGCUGGAAGCGCGAGGACCGUGUCGUUGGAACCGAGGGCAAGCUGGCUGCAACAAGGUUCCCCCACACUCACUACCCAUACGUCAAGGCGGUCCUCGGUACGACUGAGGUGCCCAACCUCGACGUUUUCCCCAGCCCUCCUGUCCUUACUGAGAGCGGUGCGCUCGUGUUCCGCCACGAUAAUAUUCCCAAGCACAUCACUCCCAAGCCCGACGACAAGGAGGCCUGGACACCAACGGCUCUCCUCGCUCACCAGCUGGCGUACUACAAGUCGUUGGCCGACCAUGCCGCUGGCGAGCCUGUGACGCAGGCCGUCGUGACUGUCCCCGCCUGGUGGACUCAGGCUCAGCGCAAGGCAUACCGCGAUGCGCUUGAGCUGCAGGGCAUCCAGUGCAUUGGCAUGAUUGGAGAGGGCACCGCCAUCGGCCUCAACUACGCCAUGACCCGCACCUUCCCCGACUACGAUCCCGAGACUGGAGAGGGCGAGAAGGCAUACCACCUCGUUUACGACUCGGGCGCACUCUCGACCUCGGCUACUGUUUUGGCGUUCUACCAGACUUCGUGGAAGCCCACACCGAACUCGAAGAUGCUCAUCAACACGACGCACGUCGAGGCGCUUGGCGUUGGGUGGGAGGACGUGGGCGGGAUCAACCUUGAUCUCGCUUUGCGUGACCUCCUUGUGGACGACAUCAUCACCAAGACUGGUAACAAGGAUAUCAUCAACGACAGGAAGGCGAUGGCCAAGAUUGACAAGGAGGCUAUCCGCGUCAAGCAGAUCCUGAGCGCAAACCAGGAGAGCUUGACCUCCAUCGAGUCUGUCUUUGACGAUGUCGAUUACCGCUCCAAGGUGUCCAGAAUGGCGCUCGAGGGCAAAUUCGAGGGCAAGAUGACCGAUUUCAUGAAGCCCAUCAAGCAGGCGCUUGACGCGGCUGGUCUCGACCUCAGGAACAUCUCCUCCGUUAUUCUCUUCGGCGGCAACACACGCGUGCCGUUUAUCCGCGCUGAGCUUCACGAGGUUCUCGGCGGUGACGAGCUCAUCGCCCAGAACGUUAACGCGGACGAGAGCGCUGUCCUUGGUGCCGCGUUCUACGGCGCGUCUCUCAGUGGCCGAUUCAAGAUGAAGUCGGUCGAGGUGCACGAGCGCAGCAUCUACGACAUUAAGAUGGGUGACGACAUUAUUUUCCCGGCCGGCACGCCGCUCGGCACUCGCAAGUCUGUUCUCCUCAAGCCUGAGGAUGAGAUCAACAUCGACUUCUCGCAGGGAGGCAACCCCAUUUUGCAGCUCUCGAUCCCUGGGGUCAAGGACGCACUUGCCAACUUCACCGCCUCAGAGCCCGCAGUCAACGUUACCGUCAGACUCGACGCCAGGGGCAUCCUCGGCGUGGCCAACGCUGCCCUUGUGUCUGAGGUCAAGGACGAGCCUACUGGUGGUGUCGCUGGCAAGCUCAAGGGCAUGUUUGGCAAGAAGGAUGCCACGGAGGAGCCCGAGAUUGAGCCUGAAGCCGAUACCGAGCAGCCUGAGGCGGAGACUGAUGCCAAGGAGAAGGCCCCCAAGAAGGUCACCAAGCCUCGCGUGGCCCUCAAGUUCCGCGAGAAGCCUCUCAGCCCCACGCACCUGUCCAAGGACGAGAGACAGAUCACCAACCAGCGUCUGCGCGCUAUCGCUUCGUACGAGGGCGCCAUGCGCGCGCGCGAGGAGGCGCGCAACAUGCUCGAGGGGUAUCUGUACAAGCUGCAGAACAUCCUCACGGGCGACGAGGCCGAGCACAAGAACCUGCACGCAUUUAGCACCAAGGUGGAGCGCACGCGCAUCAAGAAUCUUGUCGACGAGACUCUCGAGUGGCUUCACGAGCACGCUGAGGAGGCGACGGUGCACGCUUUGAUCGGAAAGCGUGAGGCGAUUGAGGCUUUGGAGCGGCCGAUUGUGACCCGCUUUGACGAGUACGAGAAGCGGCCUCCUGCCGUCGUUAACUUCCGUACGGCGCUGUACGCCGGCCGUGCGUUCGUUGACGAGGCGCGUGCGAACCUCACUGCUGCGGCCGAAGAGGCGAAGAAUGCGCCGGCAGACCAGCCGGUCGCGCCGCCCCGCUACACUGAAGCGGAGAUCCAGAGCGUGGAGGACAUGAUCAUCGACGGCGGCAAGUGGCUCGACGAGCGCAUGGAGAAGCAGAUGCCGCUUAACGAGGACAAGACCGCCGACCCUGUGAUUCUCGCCAAGGACCUCGACGAGCGAGGGCAGAAGAUCCAGGCCGCCGUGCUUCGGCUUACGUCGCGCAAGCCACCACGUGCGCCGAAGGUCAGGCCCGUCAAGACGAGCCAGAACGGGGAGAAGGAGGAGACCAAGGAGAAGAAGGAGCCCAAGGAGGAGGAACCGCAGGAGAAGGAGGCCCCGAAGCACCAGGAACUCUAGAGGUAGACAUAUGUAUCCCAUCUGCAUUUUUCCACAUUCAGCGAUGAUUUGUAGUGUUGUUGACAUGGAUGGCACUAGAUGGAGC